AUGGAUCAGGAGGCCACCUUGCGACAUUUUGCCAAGACGGUGGUGAAUCUUAGCAGUGGUUUACUCUUAGCUAGGCUUCCGAUUCCGAGAAGUCGGAAUGUCGGAUGUGUCGAACUCCUUCUCAGCUUGGGAGACCCUGCCGGAGACCCUCCUUCUCAGCUUGGGAGACCCUGCCCUGUUCGACGCCCAGUGUCACCCCCACGCCACUAUGAGGCGGUAAACCGUUGUGGAGGAGGCGCUUUAUUACCUCGAUUUAAUGCCAAAAGCAGGUGUCAAUAA